AUGAAGGACGAGGCUGGAGGACGGCUGAAGCCCUUCCAGCCCCACUUACUCACCGCGGCAGCAGCGACACCUCAGUCAAAGUUCCGCCGGGAUCGAAAGCCCAGGGCCGGGGCUGCCCCGCUCUGGGUGAGGGGGGCCGAGGGGGCCGGAGGCCGGGACGAGUGCAAUAUUGGCGGGGGAAAGAACAACACUGCACCACGUCCCGUCCCUCCCGCCCGCCCGGGGUCCCGGAAUCCCGCUCCUUACCACGUGGACCUUUGGAACCCAGGGACUGGGGGCGCUCUGGGGUGUUGGGGUCACCUUAGAGUGGACUCGGUCACCACCCCAGGUCACGGUGGUGUCUCUGCCCCAGCCACCAACUCUACGGUGGACUUGGCCAGCAUGCCAGUCCAAAGUGGUACCUCUGCUCCAGCCACUAACUCUACAAUGGACUCAGCUACCACUCCAGUCCACACCAGUUUCUCCAUCCAAACCACGAUGGCUAUAUCAGGCUCAGCCAACACUCUAAUCCACAAUGGCUCUUCGGUUCCAACUACCAGCCCUGCAUUGGGCUCAGCCACCAGUCCAGCCCACAGUAGUGCCUCAUCUAUGACUAAUAGCUCCGAAUCAGACUUGGCCACCACUCCAGUCUCUACUACCAAGGCUACUUUAGGCUCUACCAUCACCCCAGUCCACAAUGGCUCCUUGGUGCCAACUACCAGCUCAGCUACCACUCCAAUCCGAAAUAACAGUUCUACAAUGGCUGCUACAACUCCAGCUGGCAAUGGUACUCAAUCUCCAGCCCCAAGCCAGCACCCUGUUACUCCCAUCACCCUCGCCAUCUCCGGCAACAGCACAGUCCCCCUUAGCACAGUACUUUCCCUGGCCUUCUCCAGGAACACUUCGCCCCAAGUGUCGCUUGAGGUGUCUCUCUUCCUCUUGUCCUUUCAUAUUGGGAACCACCAGUUUAAUUCCUCGCUGGAAGACCCCAGCUCCAGCUACUACAGAGCACUGAAGCGGAAUGUUUCUGAACUGUUUCUGCAGAUUUUUAACGAAGAUUUUCUGGGGAUCUCUACUAUCAAGUUCAGGUCAGGCUCCGUGGUGGUGGACUCGACUCUGAUUUUCCGGGGGGGUGCUGCCAGUGCCUCUGAGGUGAAGUCGCGGCUUUCACAGCAUGCAAAGGAGGCGGAAGACUAUAAUUUGGCUAUCUCCGAAGUCACUGUGGAUGAGAUGCAGUUCCCUUCCUCUACCCAGUCCUGGCCAGGCGUGCCAGGCUGGGGCAUUGCCCUGCUGGUGCUGGUCUGUGUUUUGGUUGCUUUGGCCAUCAUCUUUCUCCUUGCACUGGCAGUGUGUCAGUGCCGCCGAAAGAACUAUGGGCAGCUGGACAUCUUUCCAACCCAGGACACCUACCAUCCUAUGAAUGAAUAUCCCACCUACCACACUCACGGGCGCUAUGUGCCCCCUGGCAGCACCAAACGUAGCCCCUAUGAGGAGGUUUCUGCAGGUAAUGGCGGUAGCAACCUAUCGUACACCAACCCAGCAGUGUCAACCACUUCUGCCAACUUGUAGGGGAUCUGUCACCACCUCAGGGGGCAGCGGUGGCAGUCUGCCCCCUCAGUUUCCACUGCUAGAGCCCUGCGCUCUGAUCUGGGCUGGUGAGCCGGAGU